ACACACACCAUGGGUGACCUCUGAUCCACAUUAACACAUGUACAGGUCUCCCUCGCACAAGUAGAUUGUCCGCAUGUCAGAUGUCAUUGAACACACAAAAACACAGCUGUGUCCGUCCGUCCGUCGCCACUCUUGACACAUUUCAUUCAUUCAUUCGUCCGUCCAUCCACUGGUCGGUCGGUCGUUCGGUCUCUUCGCUGAGUCGCGCGUAUGUGCACUCACUGGCUGACCAGCGAUGGAUGGCAUACCUACCAUACGUGUGGACAUCGAUCUGUCGUCUGGAAAAGGGAAAACCCCUCCACUCACGCACUCACUCACAGCACAAGGACGGCCCGUCUGCACACAUAAUUAAUGAGAUCAGAUAUCGCUUAAUCGUUGGAAUGUGUGUGUCCGUUCCCAUCGCCUACCUGCUGCGUUAGCUACUGAUGCCUGUUGCCCCUAUCGGUGGUCGCCUUGCCCUCCGGGCUGUGCGCGACGCCAUAGGUCCGUGCCACCCUGGUCUCCAUCGACCCAGCACCAGCAGCAGCACCAGUAGCAGCAUACUGGCGCUGGUACCCCUGGUGCUGGUGGCUCAGCCGCACGUGGAAGUGCGCCCCGCCAAGCGGUAGUCCCGAUCUCGCAGCGACCCUCUCAUGUGCAAACCCCACCUGACAGAUCGGCGGAUGAUUGACGAGAUGUCUCGUUUGCUCUGUAGAUGGGCCUUACCAUGUUGCUGUUGGUCACUUUGUGCUGGGCGUUGUGUGGUGUGGUGGCCUCUGUCGGUGUGGUUGGCGAGAAGGGUCUCUGGGCGAUCUGGUUGAUGUGCAGGUUGAGGUGGGGGGCGGUCUGCGUGUGCGUGGUCGUGUUGGAUGAGACCGACGGCUGCGGCGUCGACAAAGAGGGCGCCUUGGUGCUGUCAGACGUAUAUGAGGGAUGGAACCUGGCACGCACCACACACACACACACACACACACACACAGAGAGAGAGAGAGAGAGAGGGAGAGAGAGAGAGAGAGAGAAUGCCAUUCCCCCUGUCCAUCCAUCCAUCCAUCCAUCGUGUGUGCACCCUACCCACCACGGGUCUCUUGUGAGGUCUCCCAGGUGUGGCCUGCGAUUGGGGUCCAGACUCAACACACGCUGCAGUAGGGCACGCACCGAGGGCGACAGAUGGUCUGGGAGGUAGAACGCCCCACGCACUAUCUUCCGGUACAAAUCCCUGUGAACGAGCACACAGAAAGUGGGCUUGCUGGGUCUCUGUCGGUCGCUGCAGAUUGCUGCCUCACUUGUCUGUGGCCCCUUUGAAUGGGAAGUGCCCGACCAGCAUGGCGAAGAGCAGGACACCCAACGCCCACACAUCGGCCUUGAAGCCGUCAUACUCGCGACGCGCCACAACUGCAUCAAGACGGCCACACCACACACGCAGAAAUUCAUUCGUUCGUAUGUCGCUUCCGUAUUGCUGGCUGGCCAUCUGUAUUACUUUCAGGCGCCAUGUAUGACGGCGUUCCGCACUGAUCGAUCCAAACACGGCAAGGCACACCAAUACGUGGAUCGGACCAAAGUGUACCCACUGCCUGUCUGCCGGGGUGAGCGUACGAAGAUGCGUAGUUUGCGGCCCGGUGCGACAAUGGUCGAGAAACCGAAAUCGAUCAGCUUCACGCGGCCCUCGUCAUCCAUCAACAAGUUCUCAAGCUGACACGAGGCCACACCAACAACACCAGAAGAGAAAGAGAGAGUGCAAACCCUGUGUGUGUGCGUGAUGGGCAGUAUUCUGUACUUUGAUGUCCCUGUGGACGAUACUGCGAUCGUGGCAGUAGCGCAGCGCAUCACACACCUGCAUGGCCCAUCCAUCCAUCCAUCCAUGCAUACAUACAAACACCCUCAACGCCCUCACCCACCCCCACCUGGAGGAAGAUGCCCCUGGCCUGUGUCUCGUCGAGUCGCCUGCCGGCCUUUGUUUUGAGGAAGGCGUGUAGCGACCCGCCGCCGAGGUACUCCAUGAUGAUGUAUAUCUGCUUGGGGGUGUCGAUGGCCUCGUACAUCCGCACUAUGCUCGGGUGACACAGACGCUGAAGCAACCUGCACACAGGCAGGGCAGACACAAGGGGGGUGAGAUGAGGUGUGUGCAGUCUGUCUGCGCCGUUUUAUGUGGAUGGAUGGAUGGAAGUGUGUGUGCAUGCCUGAUUUCUCUGCGGACGCUCUUGCGUCUCUGUUGGUCCAGGAGUUUGUACUUCUCGUAAACCUUCACAGCCACCUUCUGAUGACUCGCCUGCAGUGCACACACACACGUCCACACAGCCAUCCAUUCAUCCGUUUUAUGCCAUUGCCCUGUUUCCCCCACCCACCCCCCAACAGCCCAACCCACCUUAUGGACUCCAAACCUGACGAUGGCAUACGCGCCCUGCCCCACCUGCUUGCCCACUUGGUACGCAUCCAACGCCGCCGCACACGACAAACCCUGCUGCUGCUGCUGCUGCUGGUGGUGUUGGGGUGUGUAGCUACUUUGCAGACCUCUAGACGCAUGAUCAGAGGUCGGGGAAGCGUCGAUGGCCUUAGGUGGCCUGGGGGGGUGGGGCGUGUGUGAUGUCGGCACCCCUGUCGAGGGACGGGGCGGGUGCUGUUGGUGGUCAGCAAGGGGCGGAACUGGCGAUGCUGCAACACACAGCCAGAGAAAUGGAUGCAUAUGAAAGCCCUACCAUCUUGGUGCUCGGUUGCUUGCCCACCUACCGUCCUUGACAUUGGCCAGGCCGUCUUCGCUUUCCUCCCCCUCCCCCUUGAGCAUGCCGACAUUCCACUUCUCACGCCUACUGCCCGGCACCGCAGUCACGGCCCUCUGGACACCCUGACGCACAUACGAUGACCCGCCCACCCUUCCCAGCACCCCGCCCUCGCCCACGGGCCACCCAGUGAGCGGCGCGCGACCCUCACUCGUGGCCAUCAAUGUCACUGUGGUGGCCGGCCGGGUGCUCGCGGCUGCGCUCUCCUCUGCCCCUGCCCCUGCCCCUGGUGCUGCUGCUGCUGCUGCUGUCAGUGCAGGCCUUUUCCCUCCAUCUUCCCCUGUGUGUGUGUGGUCCUGGUGUGCAUCGAGGCUCCUGAGCACUGCCUGUCGGCUCACGCUGGCCGGUGAGGCUGCCUGGGGGACCGGGGGAGAGGCGGAGGGGGAGGAGGACUGCUGCAGUCGGCCUAUGUGGAACUCCUUCUGGAUGGAGUUCUUCAGAGAGAGACACAGCUUGCCCUCCUGCUGCUGUGGCGGCGGCUGUGUUUGGGGCUGUGGCGGCCGGCCGGCGAAGAGCGGGCCGGCGGGAGGGGAGUGGAGGCGCGAGAGGAAAGACGAGGGCUUCAUGUGGGGAUCCUCCUUGCCCCGAGACGAGGAGUGAGCGGAUCCAGACCCGGUCACCCCCCAACCCUUCUGCUGCUGCUGUAGCUGAUGCUCCUCCCUCUCGCCCUCAUUGCCUCCCACGACGCUAUCUGUGUCGUCUAUGUCGAUCUCCACGGGAGUCUCGUCCGAUGUGGUCGUCCGCUUGGCCGCCGACUCUUCCUUAGUGGCCGCCGUGAUGAGGAGCGGCGCCCCCUCGAGCACCGGUCGCCAUGCCGCCUCCCUCUCUUUCGCAGCCGUGGUCGCAGGCCGGCCCCCACGCUGCGCUGAAGGGGGCCGGGAACGCGACCGAGUGCGAAAUGUCUGCAGACACGGGAGACAAUAGGCACAAGAUGAGAUGAGGGUGUUUGUUUGCAUUAUAUAUGCUUCCUUCCAUCAUUGCUUACCGCUUGUGGUGGAAGGGGGGGCUUGUCCGAGGGCUUUAUGAUGCGCAGUUGCGUCGCCAGCUCACGCAGGUCCGAUGCCGAUGGCGCCACCCAGUUGGAUGGGGGCCGCGGAUUGGCUGAUGGAGCACUGCGCAGACGGCCAGCCGAUGCAGGACGCGACGCUGAUAGAGGAGAAACAAACACGGUAUGGCAACAGUGACGACGCUUUCCUGCCUCUCCUCACUCACCGGCUCGCCUCGGUGUGGCUGUGGACAGCCCCAUAGCAAACAGCUGCUGCAGGUGUCCCGGCGCAACGGGGGGACGCGUCGUCCCCACAGCCCUCUCCCUCCCCAGGUAGGCCCCUCCCCCACCCCUGACGCGUCGUGUCCCAGCAGUGGCCGUCGCCGGCCGCCACGGACGGCUGCCCAGACGCGGCGUCACGAACGCCCCUGCGAUGGCCGGACUAUUGGUGCCGGCUGUGGUGGUCCAGUGGGGCUGGGGCGGCGGGUGGUCCAAGCGACGGUGAGAAGGGGUCUGCUGAAAGUGCGUUUCAGGGCCUGUCUGUGUUCGGCGGACGCCGGCCGUCGAGGGGCGCUUCGGGAGAGCCGCGGAGGAACGGCUGUCCUUGGGGGACUCUGCAACUGCCGCAGCACAAAGGUCACAUUGCCUUUCAGUUCAGUGCAGACACGUGUGACGACCAUAUCGGUGCAAGACUGACCUGCCUGGCCUUCAUGAUAGAGGGAGAACCGGAUGUUGUAUGGAGGAGUCUUGUGUGAGGGCUGAUAGCGAUUGUGAUGGUGCGGGUAAGACGAGAGAUACAUCGGUGGAUGGGCCGCGUGGGACGGCGAGGGCGUGGCCGCGCGACGGGUGUGUGCAGACGGGGGUCGCUGCAGCCCUCUGCUUAAGCGCGACGGCGUCACCGGACGCUUCUCGCCUGCAUAAAGUAAGCAGAGAUGUACUAUGAGCAUCAUGCGCAUGAUGCAUCGGACAUUGCAGUGCAUAUUGCUGUGUAUACCUGCUGUCGGCAUCGCCGUAGCUCUUCAACUCGCUGCUACGAGGCUGACAACGCUUUUGGGGCAGUUCUUUUGUGGUGGG